GACACACCGUCCCCGCACUCUGCAGCACACACAGCCACUACCUGCUAGGCGUAAUGGACGUAUCAUCCGACGUUCCCAGCUUCAUCCUUAGCGAAGCGGAGACGCGGGAGAAGCCAGGCCCGACAUGACAGCGCCGGGACGGGAGAAGAAAGCACGCCAGCAGCCGCGGUUGACCGUCCGGCCCGAAGCGGUGUGUGCAGCGGCUCGCUACGCCGUGUUGGCUGCCCUGUGCGCCCUGUGCUACAGCAACUCUCUCCGCGGGGAAUUGGUGCACGACGAUGUUUGGGCUAUCAUCAACAACCCGGACGUCCGACCGGGCUCCAGCCUCAGAAACAUCUUCAACAACGACUUCUGGGGCAAGAGGAUGGCGGACAAUACGAGCCACAAGUCCUACAGACCGCUAUGCAUCCUUACCUUCAAGUUGAACAUCCUGCUGGGUGGCAUGACGCCUCUGUAUUUCCACAUCAUAAACGUGUGUUUGCACUGCGCCGUAACCUGCCUGCUCAUGCACACGUGUGAACGAUGUGUGUUUGAAGACUCGCGCCUGGCCUUUGUCACAGCACUCCUCUUUGCUGUGCAUCCUGUCCACACCGAGGCUGUGUCUGGUAUAGUGGGCAGAGCUGAUGUCUUGGCGUGUCUGCUGUUCUUGCUGACGUUCCUCUCCUACAUCAGGAGUGUGGGUGUGUGUUACUCAGAGGACUCUCUGCCCUCCACAGUGUCAGCAUUGUGUCUGCUCCUCACUUUGUUGCUGGGCACCUGCGCCAUGCUGGUCAAGGAGACGGGCAUCACUGUGUUCGGAGUGUGUGUGCUCUACGACGCCCUGGUGCUGUGCCGCAAGCCCCUCAUCUAUGACUUGUCGGGCUCCAGACUCAGGGACCUCCACCACAUCUGCAGCCCCUUCAUUAAACGAGCCUGCCUCAUCUCUGGCUACGUGGUAAUCAUCAUGUCAGUCAGGCUGUGGCUGAUGGGAGGAUCCAUGCCCCUCUUCUCUGAACAGGACAACCCCGCCUCCUUCUCACCCUACCUGCUUACCAGGCUUUUGACCUAUUCUUACCUGCUGUCCUUCAAUGCCUGGCUGUUGCUGGCCCCCAUCGUGCUGUGUUACGACUGGCAGGUGGGCAGCAUUCCCCUGGUGGAGUCACUGGGUGAUGUGCGCAACGUGGCCACCGUGCUGCUGGCCGUAGUGAUGGUUGCUCUCUGCCUGCACUGCAUCUUCUCACAGCAGAGACAGGAGAGCAGGGAGGUGUUGGUGGGAAUGUUGUUUCUGGUGUUUCCCUUCAUUCCUGCCAGUAAUCUUUUUUUUAGGGUGGGAUUUGUUGUGGCUGAGAGGGUUCUAUACAUGCCAAGUAUGGGUUACUGUAUCCUGGUUGUUCAUGGCCUGGGUCGGCUGUGUUCAGUGGUGGGCCGUUGGGGCACCACACUCCUCAGUGUCUCCAUGCUGUUGCUACUCCUGCUCUUCUCCUGGAAGACUGUCCAGCAGAACCAUGUCUGGCUCUCCAGGGAGGCCCUCUUCCGCUCUGGUAUCCAGACUCUGCCUCACAAUGCCAAAGUCCAUUACAACUACGCCAACUUCCUGAAAGACAGUGGCCGCCACCAGGAGGCCAUUCACCACUACACUACUGCCCUCAGGUUAUACCCCCGCCAUGCCAGCGCUAUGAACAAUUUAGGCACUCUGACUCGCAACCCAGAGGAGGCUGAGCACUACUACAGGAAGGCAUUGGACAUCAACCCUCAGCACAACCGAGCGCUGUUUAACCUGGGAAACCUCCUCAAGUCCCAAGGGAAGGAGAAAGAGGCUGAGACUCUGCUGAAGGACUCUAUCCACUUUGGGCCACAUUUUGCUGAUGCUUAUUCCAGUCUGGCAUCACUCUAUGCUGAGCAGAAACGCUUUGCUGAAGCCAAUGAAGUGUAUCUAAAAGGUAUACAGAACUGUCCAGACAGCUCUGACCUACAUAAUAACUACGGAGUCUUUCUGGUGGAUACGGGUGAGGGGGAGCUAGCAGCUGCUCACUACCAGCAAGCUGUUAGACUCAAACCAGCACACUAUGUUGCCAUGGUGAACCUGGGCCGCCUGCUCCGAUCAUCCAAUGAGAACAAAGAAGCUGAGUCUUGGUACAAGAGGGCACUGCAGGUGACAAGAAAGGUGGACAUCCUGACUCCGCUCGGGGCUCUGUACUACAACACGGGCCGGUACGAGGAGGCCCUGCAGGUGUACAAAGAGGCUGUCGCCCUUCAGCCAGACAGCACGGACAUUUGGCUGGCUCUGGCUCAGGUUUUAGCCAUGGCUGGUCGUACCAAAGAAGCAGAGAAGAUGACCCUGGACAUCAUAUCAAGAGAGGGCAGUUGUAUCGAAUGUUACCGCCUCCUGUCUGCCAUCUACAGCAAGCGCGGCAAUUACACAGAAGCACUGGAUGCUCUGGACAAGGCCCUGCAGCAGAGUCCCAGUGAUAUGACAGUUAGAGCAGAGCUAUAUUUCUCCAAAGGAAACCAGCUCAGAGAGAUGAACCAGCUGGACCGAGCCUUCGAGAGCUACAAGCUGGCUGUGGAACUCAAACCUGACCAGUCCCAGGCCUGGAUGAACAUGGGAGGGAUUCAGCACAUUAAGGGAGACUAUGCAGCAGCCAGGAUGUACUACCAGCGAGCCCUCCUUCUUAGCCCCGGUUCCAAACUUCUGAAGGAAAACCUGGCCAAGCUGGACCGGCUGGAGAGGAGACUGACAGGGGGAGCAUAGACCACUAUGAUUUCCCAAACACUGCACCAUCCUAGGCACAGAUCAGGGGAGCCCCCUGGAGCCCAAACACCAGCCACUGCGCUGCUGAAUAAUACUGAACUGAUCUAGUUACUAAGAUGAACAGCCUGAGUGAGAGCAGAGGAGGAGGGUGAACUUUUCAGGUUUGCAGUGUGUUUGGAAGUGGACCGGGUUUGCUGGAAUCAAAGAAACUGAUUAAGCCACAGUCCAGAAGCCUUUUCUUGAGUAAGCAGAAGGGAAUGGCUGAAUGAAGACCACUGGGUGCUCCAUGUGUUGCCCUCUCUGGAUUAGCUUUACAUCAACAUGCACAUCUGUUUAAGACAUUUGUGUUUGAUUAUUAUUUAGAUUCAUGUGACGUCAUUUCCUUUAUGGGACUUAAUCACAGAUUGUAUUUCAGUCCUCUGUUGGAAUUAAUCAUGUAUUUGCAUUGGUGCAGUAAAAGUAUAUGGAAAUAUGUUACUAUUAUGAAGGGAAUAAGCAUGGGAACAGUGUGUCUAAAGCUGAAAACACACCAGCACA